AUGUCUGAUUCUGCUGUGCACAGCCGGAAAAGUCGGAAAAACCAACCAGAGAAAGUCAAAGAAACUCCUGUCGAAGAUGUCCCCGUUGAAGAACUUCUGCCAGUCUCAAGCCACGAGAGGCCGCAAUUGACUAGAAACCAUUCUCGUCACUCUCGCCAUAAGAAUGCCAAAGUGAAGCUGGAUCUUAAGAAAAAAUUGUACCAGUCAAGAAGAGUCACAUUUAUUUUGGGUACUAUCAUUGGACUUUUGGCCACUGUGGUGAUCACUGCCAUGCUGUCUGACGACAUCAAAGGCGAAUUGGAUAAGUUGAUCAACUUUGACUCUUUCAAUGUCUUCCUAGACGAUUGGAAGGGUGCAUUGCCCCUUAGUUUGCAGCAAAUGCUUGAUGACUCUAAUAGUGGCGCAAAGAAUGAGCUUCAUGGCUCUGCAGAAUCCUUCUCGGUGGGUCGGAGAAUGACCAAGAAAUAUAAUAUGACUGAUAAGUACAAUGUGGUGAUGGUGCCUGGUGUCAUUUCCACCGGAAUCGAGUCGUGGGGACUCAGUGAAGAUGGUGACUGUCCCUCAUCUGCCCAUUUCCGUAAGAGAUUAUGGGGCUCCUUUUAUAUGUUGCGUACCAUGGUCUUGGACAAAGCAUGUUGGCUCAAGCACAUCAAGCUUGACCCUAUCACGGGCUUGGACCCUCCAGGUAUCAAACUCAGGGCGUCGCUGGGUUUCGAUGCUGCAGAUUUCUUCAUGGCGGGCUACUGGAUCUGGAAUAAGAUUCUCCAGAAUUUGGCAGUUAUUGGUUACGGCCCAAACAACAUGAUCAGUGCUGCCUACGACUGGAGAUUGGCGUACCUUGACUUGGAAAAACGUGAUGGCUACUUUUCCAAGUUGAAGAUGCAAAUAGAAACAACUUACAGACUCAAUGGCGAGAAGACUUACUUGGUUGGCCACUCCAUGGGAUCUCAAGUGGUGAUCUACUUCAUGAAGUGGGUUGAGGCUGAGGGUGAGUUCUAUGGUAAUGGAGGAAAAGACUGGUGUAACAAGUACUUAGCAGGGUUCAUCAAUAUCAGUGGAUCUGUCUUGGGUGCGCCUAAGGCCAUUCCAGCCUUGAUUUCUGGAGAAAUGAAGGACACCGUGCAGUUAAACCAGUUAGCCGUUUACGGAUUGGAGAAAUUCUUUUCUAAGAAGGAGAGAGUGGACAUGUUGCGGACGUUUGGAGGUGUGCCAUCCAUGAUUCCAAAGGGAGGGAAUGUAAUCUGGGGAGAUUUGGCCAAAUCUCCAGACGACCCAACCAAUGAACUCCAAACGGACGUUUCUGAUGUUGAAAUCAGCGGAUAUAAGAACGAAUCUUUUGGACCAUUCAUCAGAUACCAUGCUAGUAAGAGCGACGCUUCAUCCAUAACGGGUAUCACUGAAGAGAAGAAGGAUUUCACUAUGGAAGAAAGCAUUGGUUUCCUUUUGAAGGGAUCGCCAGAUUGGUUUUCCAACAGAAUUAAGGAGCAAUAUUCCUUUGGUAUUGCCAAGACCAAGAAGGAGCUCAAAGCCAACGACCAGGAUCACUCCAAGUGGUCGAACCCAUUGGAGAUUGAGCUCCCUAAUGCUCCGGACAUGAAAAUCUUCUGUUUCUACGGUGUGGGAAACCCAACUGAGAGAGCUUACACUUACAAAGAAGACGACACUAACUCGGGAUUGCCAUUUGUGAUCGAUACUGACAGCCCAAACCCAGUCUUUUUCGGUGAUGGAGAUGGAACGCUUUCGUUGAUGACACACUCCAUGUGCCAUGAAUGGCAGAAGGAAGGCACUAGAUACAAUCCAGCUAACAUCAACGUGAAGGUGGUGGAGAUCAAGCAUGAGCCAGACAGAUUUGAUAUCAGAGGAGGUGCAAGAACUGCAGAGCAUGUUGAUAUUCUUGGAUCUGCCGAGUUGAACGAGCUAAUCCUCAAAGUUGUGUCCGGAAACGAGCACCUCAUCAACACCACCUAUGUAUCUGAGUUGCAUGAUAUUGUUGCCAACCUCGAUAUUUAA